AUGAAAUUCUCCCCAGAUCGACCAACUCUCACUGAGAGGUUUGUUACUUGGGUUGAAGAAUCAGCUGUCUCUGCUUUUAUUGUCGCCAGGUCUCCCCAGGUUUACCUCGAUCGUGGAUGGGAAGCCUCUCGAUCCUUUUUCUUCUCCGUUAUUUCUAUCUCCCUGAUCCUCUCCAAAUGCUUCCAUCUCUGCGUUCAUCUUGCGUCGUUGGCAGUUCCCUCUCUCCUCCCAUGGGGCCCCACCUUCUUCCUAGUGGAUAUCAUGCUUAUCCUGGUCGCGUGCUUCCUAACUCGGUCGUUCGAAUGGCGGAUAGGUCGCAACGUGGCGGCAGUGAUCACGGUGACAUUCGGUCUCUAUGUCUCGUCGAUGACUUCUGCCAACAUCUCCUUUUAUGUCCAUAGGGGCACGGAGAUGUACGAGCGGGGUUCAAAACGAACUUCUCAUAGCCCUGCCGCCCAAACUGUUGUGUCCGCCUUGACUGUCGCCAUCCUCGUCGACGCCUUGAUUAUGAUCGGUGCCUACCUCGUUAAGCCGCAUCUAUUCCGAGCUACAAACCUUUUCUUGGAAAUUUGGGGCUCACUUUUAUUUUCCCCGUUCGGCUGCUGUCGCCAGCAGAAAUCCCUAUUAGAUCCGGAGACCUACGAGCAGAUUGCCAUCGAUGACUACGAAGAGGGCCACAAUGACAAUGACUCGAUGUCCCAAAUGGAACCCCCCGAGAUCUCCCCGAGCAGAAGCGAUGGUCGCUGCAACGCGUGCUCGCCAUAUCGUGUGGCUCAAUCCUCUCUCAUUCGUCCACGCAACGCAGAGUACAGUUAUGUGUCCGAGUCCUUGCCUUUCGCACCAUUUGCUGGCCUCGAACAACAGCGCGCGCCUAAAGGUGCCGCCCCCUCAGCUGUCACAUCAGCUUCGGCAAAUGACACGUCCACCGGUGCAAACAGCACCCCAGUCAGUACAACGACUGCAGCUGCUACAUUCGCGACUGACUUUAGCUGGUUGGAUGGCCACACGGCACUGGACACCUUUCCUGAGUUUGAUUGGUUACCUUCUCACAAUUCAUCCGAAGGCUGGCCGGAAUGGUCUCCCUUUCGCAUCAAUAAGGAUGAAGACCCAGACUAUGUGUAUGACCACUACAAUCCGCAGAAAGAUCCCCUACGCCUACCAAACCUUGAGGGCGAUAUCUUGGAGCCUCUACGGGGCGCGAUCCGCAAUGGCGAUGUGAAAAUUAAGCAUGUCUUUCUCGUGAAGUUAGAAAGUACUCGGCAAGACGUGUGGCCCUUGCGCACCAGCUCUCCCAUUAUGACGCUUAUCAAAGACUCUUACCCGAAGGGCAAGAUUCCCAAGGAGGUUGAGGAUAAACUCGCUGAGCUCACUCCCGUCGCCGAACGGUUGACUGGGCACAAGACUGGGUUCGACACGGACCAGGAUCGUCCUAAGCCCUACGGUGGUAUUAGUACGACCAAUGCGUGGACCGGCUCGGCCUACAGCCUAAAGAGUCUCACGGCCAGUAUUUGCGGCGUGGAUUCUAUCGGGACGUGGAUGAAUAAAGAGUACAAACAUGAUAUUUACCAGCCUUGCUUGCCGCAUAUAUUUGAAGCGUUGAGCGAACAGCCAAACAUCACCACCGAAACAGAUGAUUGGACUUCCUGGCCAUGGCACAGCAUUUACUUCCAAGCCUCUGAUACCUCGUGGGACCACCAUUAUGACCUCAAUCCAGUCCUAGGAUACCAGGAGAUCACAGUGAAAGAAACCAUUGAUGAAGAUGGUGCCAAAUGGAUCCCUGAGGAAUCCGAAGAGGACAAAAAGCAUAGCCAUUUGGACAAGUCACUGCACGAAUAUAUUCGCAAUGCCCUGGCCGAUGCCGAGGAAAACAACAGUCGUCUCUUCAUGACCAUGUUGACUCAUAACCCACAUCAUCCUUUCUACAUGCCUGGUAAACAUGAGGAGUUUUUCGGAGAUGAAGGAGAAAACGGAAAACGCAGCCCGUUAAACAGAUACCUCAAUACCAUCCACUACCAGAAUGAGUGGAUAAGCGAUGUCCUCGAGAUCAUCAAGGAUGCCGGAAUCGCUAAUGAGACGCUUUUCAUCAUGGCUGGUGACCACGGUCUAUCACUUCCCAAUGACGGCGGUCAAACGGCCCAUGGUUCUCCUCAUGUGGCCAAUUUCGAGGUACCCCUGUACUUCUCCCAUCCCAAGCUUCCCCAGAUCCAACUCACCGACGCCGUCCACUCGACCCAAAUUCUUCCCACUAUCCUUGAUCUCCUCAUCGAAACCUCUUCUCUCGACAAACAGUCCAAUAAGAUUGUGAAGGAUCUCCUCCCUCUAUACCAGGGCCAGUCGAUACUGCGCCCGCUGGUCGCCGAACACAACGGCACGCGACAAUGGCAUGUCACCACGACGAACCAGGGGAAUGACUGGGUCGGUCUGCGAUCGGCGCCAGACCCGUACCGUUUGAUCGCACCGCUCCACCGCGAUGCCAAAUGGCGAUUUACCGAUCUCCACGCCGAUCCCCUUGAGCUCAAGCCUCUCGAACACUAUCAAGCCUUGCAUUUGAUGGAUAUGGUGGAGAAGGAGCAUGGGGUCGAAGCCGCGGCGUGGGUUCACGUGGCGGCUCGUGUGGCUACAUGGUGGAUGUGGGACAACCAUCGCCGUUGGAAAUUCGAUCCUGGAAACCCGGAGAACGACUGA